AUGGACCGGAAUCCGACCUCGAGUGAACAGCCGCCGCCGAGGUAUUCGGCUUCUAAGCCGGCUGACCUGUCGCGGCAACCGCUGCGGUAUUCCCCACGCCCAGUCUAUAUUCUAGCCAUCUACCUCAUCCUGUUACUCGUUCCGUGGAUAUGUGUCGUCGUCGUCAAUCAGCGAACUACAUCCGACCCUUGGGGUAUCCUAAUGCAAGAUGACAUGGACAGGUAUCGACGAUGGUUGAGAGUGGCAUCGUUUCUGAGUGCCGUGACGGCUGUUGCCGCUCUGCCAUGUGUUGCGGCGCUCUUGGCUCAUGGUGCCGUUGUGUAUUCGCAAAGACGAUUCCACGAACAGUCACUUAGCCUCCGACAAUUGCUGGCUCUCUCUGACGGAAGGUGGACAGCUGCCGUCUCCAUCAGAGAGACGUCUUCUUACCUGCUAUUAGCCGCUGGGCUGUUACUCCUUGCUGGUGUUCAAUAUCCCCUUCAGUCAGUCCUAAUGCCGAUGUCCUCUCGUGUGGUGUAUCCAUGUGAGAGCUCCAGACACUUGACAAAGUGGGAUCGUACCUGCGAUGGGGCUGGGUACCGGGCAGAGAGGCUAGGGAAGGAGCCGGAGCCGACUUUACUGAGAGAGCCCAACGACGUUCCUCAUGUCAUCGAUGUCGUAAGAUCCAGGAUGACCAAUAUCACGUCAGCAGACAUCCAAGACAACCUCUGGCGAGGCAACAACACACACCGGAGCUUUUUAGUGGGCGUCGACCAGAAGUACGACGACUCUUUCUGGGUGUCGGCAUUGUCUGCAGGCAUCACAACAGGGCCCCUAAGACAACACUCCAUGAGGCUCAACUCAACUGCUGACUGUCAGGUAACAAAUCGAGAUGAGUUCCCCUCACACUGCGAUGGUUAUGCGACUUCCAUCGAAGGUUUUGGAGUCAUGAUCAGAACCUGCCUACCAGACAAAUUCAACAAUGUCGCCAUUGAGCGAUCACCACUGCCUGCGCGUCGACGCCAGGAUAUCGAGGAAGUCCUUUUCAUCGAUGCACAGAUCAGCCCCGAGGCAGCUCAGGCCCCUGAUUUUCUUCUGGAUGCAGCCGAGAACGUCACCAUUCAGUGUGUUUCCAAGACGACUCGCGCAUUUUUUGAACUUGGUAACUUCCACAACGAGCUGCAUCCCUCUGAGAUUGUCGAAGAGUGGCCCUCGGAUGAUGAAAUGAGGGCCCGGUUCCAUGACUACGACUGGUCGGGGAAUCUCAUCACCAGGAACUGGGAAGAAGGGUGGGAUCGUGACCGGUACGCGGGAUGGACUUCAUUACGAGGCCCAUUGAGAACAACCACCGAGGCUCUUUUCGGCGCCGGGUCGUACCCGCAAGCUGUACUUGACUUCUUGAGCCAAACCUUCCCCGACAAUCAGAUCCCCGACAACACUUCCGACACUGCUAUCCAUGAGGCGCAACGUCGGGUGUGUGCGCUAAGCUCGCCGCUACAUGAUUGGCAAUUGCCGCACAAUUCACACAACGACGAAUUUGACUCCUGGUACCCUUCCAUCUACAACGGAUGCACGCUGAAGAAGCUCCCCAAGUCGCUCUUCAGAAUGGCUCAGGGCCUUCGUCACCUGACCGUGGCGCAGAGCACCCUCGGCGUUGGCAUGUACCUAUCAAACGCGGCUGUAUUGCAGGACGCCGCUACGAACGACGCAGCUAGGACAAUCUAUAAUCUGACCGGCACCGACUUUGUUGCGCCACAGCACAGCCUUGGGGCGACCAUCACCCUCAGCACUCUCAUCAGUAUCCAGGUUGUGUGUCUCAUACUGCUUGUCGGUUACAUUUACAGCGUGCCGACAUGGACCAACACAUUGGAUGCAUUUGCCAUGAUGAGGAUCGGGGCACAGUUAAGGAGUACAGUGAACCUGCUGCCUCUGCGUCGCGCCACGCAAGACGAUAUGGACAGGUUCAGCGAGAUGGAAGGUUUGAUAGGUGUCGUUCCUGGGCCCGGUACCACGGUAGAUGAUGACCUCGAACUGGCCACGAUAACUUCCACCCGCUCUUUCCGAAACAUGCCGUCUUCACAUCAUUACGAGUUAGUCAGGCCUGCGUCACCUGCAAACUCAAUCUUGUCGCUGGACAUGCCGGCGGCACCCCCACAGACACGGCAACCUUCACAGGCCACCACCGCCGGAAUGACUCCGGACGACUUGAGUUCCUAUCUCCAAGGAGGAGGUCUGGCGUCGCCAUCGGUAUUAUCUGUGGCGUCUUCCGUGAGGAGCGCAUCUCCUCCGCCGCCUUACCUGCCGGCGAGCUCGUCGACCAGAGAACAACGACCUCGUUUACCGUAUGAGCUGGGAUUGGGGGCGCCGGGGCUGGUCUCGAAAGCACUAUGGAAGAAGCACCAACCGAAGUGA